AAAUUACAAAGAGCUACUGUAUAUAAUACUACUUCACUGCACCUUGAUCGGUUAUACAAAGAAAUGGCUAGUGUAUCAGUUGAGGAAUUAGUGGUAAAGCAGAGAGCAAAAGGUCCAGCCACAGUUCUGGCCAUUGGAACUGCUGCUCCUCCCAAUUGCUACCCCCAGGCUGACUAUCCUGACUUCUACUUUCGUGUCACAAAGAGCGACCAUAUGACUCAACUCAGAGAAAAGUUCAAGCGAAUGUGCAAUAAAAGCAUGAUAAAAACUCGUUACCUGCAUAUUACAGAGGAAACCCUAGAAGACAAUCCUAACAUGUGCAACUAUUCAUCUCCGUCGUUGGAUGCUCGCCAAGAAAUAUCGAGGAUGGCCGUUCCGAAGCUCGGAAAAGAAGCCGCUGAGAAGGCCAUCAAAGAGUGGGGACAUUUCAAAUCAGAUAUCACCCACCUCAUUUUUUGCACCAGUACGGGCUACGAUAUGCCCAGUGCUGACUACCAGCUCCCGAAUCUCCUAGGCCUCAAUCUUUCAGUCAAGCGACACAUGAUCUACUUACAAGGUUGUUUCGCAGGGGGCACGGCUCUUCGCCUGGCCAAAGAUCUUGCUGAGAACAACAGAGGCGCUCGAGUUCUCAUUGUUUGUUCGGAGAACACAACCAUCACAUUCCGAGGGCCUCAUCUAGACUCCUUACUCCCUCAAGCACUAUUCAGUGAUGGCGCGUCCUCGGUGAUUGUUGGGUCAGAUCCCGAUCCUUUGACAGAACGUCCGCUUUUCCAAAUUGUAUCCGCAGCCCAAAACAUACUGCCUGAUUCUGAAGACACGGUCCGUGGGAAACUGGGAGAGUCGGGCUUAAUGUUCUUUCUCAAAAGGAACAUCACCACGUUGUUUGCAGGGAAUAUGGGCAAGAUACUUAAAGAGGUUUUCGAGCCCCUUGGUAUAACUGACUGGAAUUCGCUGUUUUACAUAACGCACCCUGGGGGCCCAGCCAUCUUGAACCAGGUGGAACAUGUGUUGGGUCUCAAAGAAGGGAAAAUGUGGGCGUCUCGGAAGGUGCUGAGUGAGUAUGGUAACAUGGCGGGGGCAUGUGUGUUUUUUGUUAUGGAUGAAAUGAGGAAGAAAUCAACGAAAGAUGGCAGGGCAACUACUGGCGAAGGGCUUGACUGGGGGGUGGUUUUCGGGUUCGGUCCGGGUUUUACUGUCGAAACUGUGGUGCUACAUAGUAUGCCUGUUACUAUUAUCCAUUGAGAUGUGAAGGAAUUAGAUGUCUUCUGUCAUAUGAAAUAUCACUUGUGUGUG